GGCACGGCAGGAACAGCUGCUGCUCUGAGUUCAGUGACCACGAGCUGAAAAAUUAGGACACAGGAUGAAGCUGAGGGUUUUCUCAGAUUUGUUCGUGUCAUGAGUGGAAAAGUCUUACAAAGCCUCCAAUCCCAGCCCCAGCAAAGACUCCGGCUCCAGCGGGGCUUCAGCUCUAACAUUCCAGCCCAUUCCAGCACUCAAGUCCCAGACGUUCCCUGGAACACAACAAGAAUGUAAUCUCGGCUGGAUGCCUUUGCCUCUUUCGUCUUCUCAUCUGUAAAGUGGACACCAAGCUCACAGACACGCAUAAAAGGCAUGGCCCAGGACCUGGUAUAUAGUGAGCGUUCGACACAUGUUUCCCACCACGUUGCUUCUGACGGUGAUGGUGGUGGUGACCUUCCUCUGGUGGUUGUAAACCAGGGUGAUCCAGAGGAUGCGGGGAAGGUAAGCCAAAGCAGCGCCCUGCCCGGGUCGGAUGACUACAUCCCGCCCUCCUGGCCAUGGGCUCCCAGAAAAUGCUGUGGUGGAAGGAAUCAGGGGAAUGAAGAGCAGAUGUGCAGCCCAAGUGCUCAUCCCGGAGCUGCUUCCCUGGCCCGCUGUGGUCAGGGCGCGUGGGUUCUCCCACAGCGGCUCUUCCAGCUGGCUCCAUGCCAAUCACACGUGAGCACGAGUCACCCGGCCUCUGCAGUCUCUCCCCGCGAAAACAAGGCCCGCGAGGGGGUCAGCCGGGCUGGCUGGGGGAAGGAGCGAGGAGAGAACCCCACAGGCCGGGGCUGCCCGGGGCGCCCCCUCGCCGCCCCAGAUCUUUGCCCAGCGCCCGCCUCCCGUUCCCACCCGCGACUUCCCCGGGACCGCCCGAAAGGUUACCUGUCCCCAGACGCAGGCACGACGGAUGGACAGUUAUCCCUGGCACGCUACGUGGAGCAAGGACAUGGCCCCUGGAACCAGUCGCACCGGCUUUGAAUUUGGAUUUGCCACAUGUAGCUGUGUGAUCCUGGGCAAGUGGCUUCAGGUCUCUUUGGCCACCUGUUAUCUGAAGACUGGGGGCAAAACUGUUUAUCCAAAAGGUCGUAACAAGGAAAAAGCAAGGGAACCCAUCUAAAGCACCGGUGUCCG